AAGAUAAUUGAAACCAACCCUAAGCUCUUUUUAUCUCCGCCCUAAAGGUAGUCCCGAUUAUUGCUGACUUAAGCAUCGAAGUGUCUACCCCGAGUUCCACCUCGAGGCUUUGCAGGUCAUCUCGGAGUGCAGACGCGGACUGAAGAAGGACUUCUGGUUUGGUGCAAUUACAUUGGCGCCAUCUGUGGGAAUCGAACUGAAAGCUUUCUAGUUGCUCUUUUAUCAUGGUUCACACUCGAUCAGUCCGAGCUAGUAAUUCAUCUCUGCCUCAUGGGCAAGGUCAACCCCCCAACAACCUUCCGCCUCUGAUCCCACCUCAACUCCCAAUUCAACCUCCACCUCAGCUCCCACCUCAGCUCCCCACUAUGUUCCCUUCUGUUGAUCAUGCAGAAGGAGAAGAUGAAAACCAACCCCAUACCUCAGCUCACAAUUCAACUUCCACUGCCAACCAAGACGUAGUGGCAGCUCAGCUUGCUGCCAUGCAACAACAGUUUGGUGUUUUUCAGUUGGGUCAAUCCCACAUAGCACCUGCUCAACAACCCUUCCCUGAUGAUGUCACUCGCCACCUCGAUAGCUUAGAAAAGCUAGUAGCUGAACACCGAGGUGCUCCACCCCCACACCAUGCUGCUGACUCCAUACCUCACCCCCUGAACACCAACAUUACACUGGAACCCUAUCCUACUGGCUUCAAAAUACCACAGCUGGAGACUUAUGACGGAACAAAGGAUCCUGAUGAUCGUCUGCAUGCUUUCUACUCUUACAUGCAAGCUCAGAACACCUCUGACGCGUUGAUGUACAAAAUCUUCCCCUCUACUCUCCGAGGUAAUGCCCGAACUUGGUAUUACAGUUUACCUCCAAGGUCAAUCAGCUCUUAUACAGAAAUGGCAUCUGCCUUUGCCACUAAGUUUUCCAGUAGAAGGUUGAUUAGGAAAACUACUUCUGAGCUGAUGCGAGUUAAACAGAGGGAUGGAGAAUCUCUGAAAAACUAUAUGAGCAUGUUCAAUGAUGCAGUAUUGGAGGUUAGUUCCUUUGAUCAAGAUGUGGGAAUUGCAGCUGUGAUCUCCGGUCUUAAACAUGACAGGUUCAGAGACAGUUUGAUCAAGCAUGCUGCCACCACCUUUAGCAAGGUGAACGAUAGGUCUCUGAAAUUUAUAACCGUUGAGGAGUAUGCCCUGGCGCAGAAUCCGACUCCUUCUAAGAACCAGAACCCAGAAUGGAGAGAUGACAAUCCGAGUCGGAAAAGGAUGAGGAUGGCGCAGAACCGAGGUCCGAUGUUGACCUCCCCACCAAGAUUCGGAAGGUCGAACUCAACACCCCCGCAACAAUCUGCAGGUAAACCUCCAGUUAAUUGGACUCCCUUUAAUAUGCCAAGGUCACAAAUUUUUAUGCAGAUCAAGAAUAAGAUGGAUUUAAGGCGUCCUGGCCCAAUGAAAACUGUUGCUGCUAGCCGAGAUCAUACCAGAUAUUGUGAUUUUCAUCAAGAUCACGGCCAUACUACAGAGCAAUGUAACAGCUUAAAGUCCGAACUGAAAAGUCUAGCUCAUAAGGGAAUGCUGAAUGAGUAUGUUCAGAGAGCUGCACCGCCACGAUUUGUCAAAGAACAAGGGCCACAGCCUCAAGGAGCCCGUAACCCACCAAACAGGCAAGGUGUGGGAUAUCAGCAAAACCCACCUCCGCUCCCACCACCAGCUAGAAUCAUACACAUGAUCACGGGAGGUUUGGAAGCAGGUGGACUGAGCUCUAAACAGCGAAAGCUAUAUAUCAGAGAGGUUAAGCAUCAGAACCGAGCUCAUAAACAGAAGUUUGAUGAUGCUGAGUGGAAGAAUCAACCCAUUACUUUCACAUCUGCUAAUCUUGAUACAGUUGUUACACCCCAUAAUGAUCCCUUGGUCACUUAUGUCAUGAUUAAUAACUGUGAAGUACAGCGUGUCCUUGUUGACACCGGGAGUGCACCAAACAUUAUGUACUUCCACUAUUUCGAGAGUCUUGGACUGGAUCCAGCGUUGUUGCAGAAAUAUGAUGGUCUUAUUUAUGGUUUCAACAACCAACCUAUUCUGUUCCCAACUCCUAUGGGAAUAGCAACACUACGAGGAAACCAAGAGGUGGCCAGACAUUAUUAUCUCACCACGCAAGUUAUGGGUGUAGAGAUUGUAGAUAAUCGACCGGAAGAUGAAACCAGUGCUGCUCCGGUCGAAGAUGUUAAAGAAGUGCUCAUUGAUGACAGAGAUCCGAGCCGAAAGACACAGAUCGGAACUAGAUUGAACCCGGAGGAAAGAGCAGAGCUAAUAGCUUUCCUCCGAGCUAACAAUGAUGUGUUCGCAUGGACUUCGGCAGAUAUGCCAAGAAUUCCUAACUCAGUAUCCCAACACAAGCUUAGCACCAAUCCAUCGAAGAAACCAGUGGCCCAGAAGCGGCAUCUCUUCUGGGGGGAAAGGCUUCAGGAUAUUAAAGAAGAGGUUGAGAAACUUCUACAAGCUGGUUUCGUCAGGAAAGUUGAUUACUGUGAAUGGGUGACUAACCCAAUCCUGGUGAAAAAGGCAAAUGAUAAAUGGCGAAUGUGCAUUGAUUAUACAAAUCUUAACCAAGCCUGCCCCAAGGAUUGCUAUCCGAUGCCGAGCAUCGACAAGUUAGUUGAAGCGGCUUCAGGCAAUGAGAGGUUAAGCCUCUUGGAUGCAUAUUUUGGGUAUCACCAGGUGCCGAUGGCUCCCGAAGACGAAGAGAAAACCUCGUUCUAUGCUGGUGAUAAAAUUUAUUGCUAUGUCAUGAUGCCGUUUGGCUUGAAAAACACAGGUGCUACUUAUCAAAAAAUGGUGACCAUCGUCUUCCGAGCUCAGAUCAGCAAGAAUCUAGAGGUGUAUGUCGAUGACAUCGUAGUAAAAAGCCUGAAAGCAGAAGACCAUCUAGCUGAUCUCGACAAAACCUUCAACAACCUCAGAAAGAACAAGAUGCGGUUGAACCCAGCCAAAUGUAUUUUCGGCAUGGAGUCUGGAAAGUUUCUCGAUUUCAUGGUGUCCCGAAGAGGGAUUGAGGUCAAUCUAGAGAAGAUCAGAGCAAUUGCCGAGAUGGAACCGCUGAAAUCAGUGAAAGAUAUACAGAGGUUGACUGGAAGGGUGGCAGCUCUGCACCAAUUCAUAUCGAAGUCAGCAGAUAAGUGCCUGCCAUUCUUCAAGAUCAUGAGGUCAGCCGCCCAGAAAGAUGAAUCAGGAAAACAAAAGAAGUUUGAAUGGAGUCAGGAAUGUCAAGCUGCAUUCGAUGAGCUGAAGUCUUAUCUUAGCUCGCCACCUCUACUAACUAAGGCUAUAGAUGGAGAGAUUCUUUAUUUGUAUCUCGGAAUUUCAAAUGAAGCCAUUAGUUCGGUUCUGGUAAGAGAAGAAACCAAGCAGCAGAAACCAAUCUAUUAUAUCAACAGUGUAUUGCACGGGGCAGAGCUGAGGUAUCCUAUAGCUGAGAAAGCAGCAUUAGCUAUUCUACAGAAACCAGAGUGCUCUGGAAGAUUAAUUAAGUGGGCAGUAGAACUGGGGGAGUUUGAGAUAACGUUUCAGCAGAGAUCGGCAAUCCGAGCUCAACCACUAACAGAUUUCAUUGUCGAAUGCACCCCAUGUCCUUCAUCCUCUAAUCCAGAGCCCAACGACUGGACCUUAUAUGUUGACGGGGCAUCUAGCAGCAAAGGUUCAAGAGCGGGCGCUCUCUUGAUUGGUCCAGAGGGUUAUCGAAACGAACAUGCUUUGAAAUUCAACUUUGAUGCAACAAAUAACAUGGCUGAAUAUGAAGCUCUGCUACUUGGCCUACAGCUAGCAUUGGAGUUAAAAAUCAGUGCAAUUCAAGUAUACAGUGACUCCCAAUUGGUAGUAAACCAAAUCAACUCAAUUUGCGAAGUCGUUGAUCCUAUGAUGGUGAAAUAUGUAGCCUUGGUGGCCGAACUGAAACGCAAAUUCCAGAAAUUCUGUUUGAGCAAAAUCCCCCGAGCUGAGAAUGAACAAGCAGAUUCUCUCUCCAAGUUUGCCUCGGAUAGCUCUUUAAGUUCCAGAUCCGUUUUUGUAGAGGUCUUAGAUGAACCAAGCUUCAUGAAGCCUUGGGAGGCAAUGAAGUUGAGGAAGAAAGCAUCUCGGUAUAUAAUCGUUGAUGGGGUCCUGUAUAAGAGAUCUUUCUCACUUCCUCUUCUACGAUGUUUAAACCCCUAUGAAGUUGAAUAUGCACUUCGAGAGGUGCAUGAAGAAAUGCCCGAAAUGUCAAUUCUUUGCACAUCUGACUCAUCAACCAGCAGAGGAGCUCACAAACUUGGUAGCACCAUGGCCAUUUGUUCAGUGGGGGCUGGAUCUUUAGGCCUGUUCAUGAAAAGGGUUGGUGGUGUAACCCAUCUGGUUGUUGGUGUGGAUUAUUUCACAAAGUGGGUUGAAGCUCGGCCAUUAUCUAGUCUUACCUCCAAGAAGGUCGGAGACUUUGUUUUCAGCUUGAUCAUCUACAGAUAUGGGAUCCCGAAUCAAAUUGUGGCUGAUAAUGGAACCCAAUUCAAUUGCUCCUCAUUCCGAGAUUUCUGUUCCAAUUAUGGGAUCAAGUUACAGUUCACCUCCGUUUACCAUCCGGAGUCCAAUGGCAUGGUUGAAUCUGUUAACAAAUGCACUUUAGAAGGUAUAAAGCCGAGAUUAGAACAGCAUAAGGCCAAAUGGGCAGAUGAGCUCAACAACGUCCUCUGGGCAUACAAAACCACGAGCCGAACUGCCACAGGUGAAACACCCUACCACUUGGCCUUUGGUACCGAAGCAGUCAUUCCUGUUGAAAUAGGAGUCCCAAGCUUUCGGGUCACCCAUUUCGAUGAAAGGAAAACCCUUAUACCAUGGCCGAGGUGCCACAUCCUGGUGCCUAUGUCCUCCAAGACGCUGAAGGAAAGAGAGUUCCUAGAGUCUGGAAUGUCAAUAACUUGAAGAAAUUUUACCCCUAAUAAAAUUCUUUCAAGUGAUCUAUGUCUUACUAUUCUUUACACUUCUCACUUCGUAUUUGUUGAGUAUCAUUUUACCUCUUAUUCUAUGUAUCCAAGGUCAAUUAGCCCUGGAACCUCAUUUCUGAUUAGUAAAUGUCACUUCACAUG